UUGGUGGGGGCUACAGGUGGGCCCUGAUAAAUAAAAGCUGCACUCACAGUUCCCUGUACAGAUCUCAGGAGGGAAGACAUUCGACUGAAAGCCUGAAAAGAACAGACGAUGGCCUUGUUCAAGAUUGCUUUUCUUCUCUUCAUUUGUCUUGAAGGCUGUGCUCUGAUUUCAGCUUCUAAGGUCGAUGGUUUGGGAAAUGUUCCAGACGCCCUGAGAGCAACUGGGGACGUCUGCCAGGACUGCACCCAGAUAUUUGGACUCCUUGUUGACCUGUUUUCCAAUGCAGAUCUCCAGAAAAAGAUGAUGGAUGGCAUUGAAAGUCUGUGUGACCUCCUGCCUGGGCCUGCUAGUACUGCCAAACUCUGCAAAGACGAGGUGGAGAAGAUGUUUCCAGUGAUCAUCAGCUUCAUUGCUGGUGGUGUGAAACCAGCGGAGCUAUGCAAAAUCAUUGGUCUCUGUGCCGCCCGUGACAACCAAGAGAAGAUGCUCAGCUAUUUUGUCAAGGAGGCCCUUCAGGUGCAGCCCAAAGCAACAUGUUCCUUCUGCCUUUUUCUCAUCAAGACUUUGGAGGACUUGCUCCCUAAAGAAAGGACUGAGGAUGCUGUGAUCAAGCUGCUGAAGGAGAUUUGUCAUAUUUUGCCAGCCUCCUACAGAGAUCAGUGCCAGGCCACCAUUGGCAAGUUUAGCAAGACGGUGCUGGAGGCAAUCGUGGGCUACGCCACCCCUCAGCACGUCUGUGUUCUCCUCCAAAUGUGCAAUGGGCAGGAGGCUCCUCUUGUCGACCCAUGCACUUUGACAACCUACAGGUGCAGAGACAUGAAGACUGCCCUCAAAUGUGAAACUGUGUUUUACUGUCAGAAAUUUGCCUGGAAGCCUUACUACGCACUUUAAAUGUUAAGAGUGGGACUAAUCUCCGUGGCCCCAUGGACGACCCAGAUCUUUCAACCGCAAACUGCAAAUAUUUCUCUUACCGCUCGACACCUGAGGAAUUUCAGACACCGAUUAGAUAUCUUUUUUUCAGCACGAUUUUUAAUCAUAUAAUUUUAAAAUUUUGUGAAAACCAGGACUUAGUUUGCUAAAAUACCAUGGAUCAAAGAGUUAUUUGGCACUUAGUAGUAAAAUAAAUAUGAAAGCUCACAAAUAUUCUGUAUACUUGAUAAUUGAUUUUUGUACUUACCGCUAUUCUAUAUAUAAACUUUAAAUGGCUUACUCUGCUUUCAAGUUUCUUCUUGUCAUCUGUCAGAAGCUCUCCGGAGAAUUAUCCGAAUAAACUCCAUUUAAUAAACA